CUGCUCCCCGUCCGCUCCUCCUCUCCUCCUCCCCACCUCCCUCCUCCUGCUGAGCGGAACAGAAACGCGCUCACCGCCUCGCUACCCUCCCACCUCUGUGGCCUUACUACAACACACCUCUUAUCAUCGCCAGGAUUCCGAACCACAACCCCGCCAAACUCAACAUAGUGAGAAGGACUCAAAUUAUGUCAACAUCUGGAUCAUCUUCUACUGCACGACUUUAAACAAGACAGUCCCAUGGGAAAUAGCGGAAGAUCGGCGGCAGAGUGGAGAUGUUCUCAAAGAGGCCUCCUCCGGAGGAGGAGAGAAGGGUGCGGGCCAAUGACAGAGAGUACAACGAGAGAUUUCAGUAUGCGAGUAACUGCAUCGUGACAUCAAAGUACAACGUCCUGACCUUUCUGCCCGUCAACCUCUUCGAGCAGUUUCAGGAAGUGGCGAAUACCUACUUCCUGUUCCUGCUCAUCCUGCAGUUGAUACCUCAGAUAUCCUCCCUCCCCUGGUUCACGACCAUAGUGCCUUUAGCUCUGGUACUGAGCAUCACUGCGGUGAAGGAUGCCACAGACGACUAUUUUCGACAUAAAAGUGACAACCAAGUGAACAACCGUCAGUCUCAGGUCCUCAUCCCUGGCUCUCUUCAGAACGAAAAGUGGAUGAAUGUUCGAGUUGGGGAUAUUAUUAAACUGGAAAAUAACCAGUUUGUGGCAGCUGACCUGCUGCUGUUGUCCAGCAGCGAACCUCACGGCCUUUGUUACAUUGAGACAGCUGAGCUUGACGGAGAGACCAACAUGAAGGUGCGUCAGUCGGUGCCAGUGACCUCUGCGCUGGGAGACUCAAACAACCUGGCAACGUUCGAUGGUGAGACUAAAUGGAGGGAGGGUGAAUCGGUGGUGUGUGAGCCUCCGAACAACAAGCUGGACCGCUUCUCCGGGACGCUGUACUGGAGGGACUGUAAAUGUGUCCUGACCAAUCAAAACAUGCUGCUGAGAGGCUGCGUCCUGCGCAACACUGAGGCAUGCUACGGCCUCGUCAUAUUCGCUGGACCAGAUACUAAGCUGAUGCAGAACAGCGGUCGCACCAAGUUUAAACGUACAAGCAUCGACUGUCUGAUGAACACCCUGGUGCUCUGGAUCUUCUGCUUCCUGGUGUGUAUGGGCGUGAUCCUGGCAGUGGGCAACGCGGUGUGGGAGAAGGAGGUGGGCUCCCUGUUCCAGAGCUACCUCCCCUGGGACCCCCCAGUGGACAACUUCAUGUUCUCGGCCUUCCUCUCCUUCUGGUCCUACAUCAUCAUCCUCAACACCGUGGUGCCUAUCUCCCUCUACGUCAGGUAGGGAGAGCAAAGGUUUAAAAACUUAAAACGUCUCACCUCUUAAGCUAUUGUGAAGACAAAAGCUUUUAAAAAGUAUUCUUUGCAGACAUUUCCCCAGACAUGGUCCUAUUGCACUUUGCACUUGCAAAAUUCAGU